ACGCGGUAAUCCCCUGCGCACAUUACAAACGUCGUGAUGCCCUAGUCCGGCCCCAAGAAGAUGCAUUUAGGCGUACUGGAAUGAGGGUUCGCACUCAGCACUUGAUUUUAAAGCUCUCCAGAGGACGCCAGCUGGAAGCCUGAGGCUUGUCCCGCUAAGCAGCACGCCAGCGUCCUGGGCCGCUUGGGCACAAGUUUUCUUUUCAGCAGGGUGGAUGGGGAGCAUCAUUGGCUGACAAACUGGUCAGGUGAGAAUAGUUUCUAGAUUAAUACUCGGAUUUACUGAUGAAAAUGUGAUGUUCUGAAUCGUGGAUUUUCAGGUUACAAUACCAGAUGGGCCAAAAUUAUUCUACCAAGAUUAAUCAGGAAAGGGAACAGUUUGGACAAUCCAGUAGCAGUUACAAUUUUCUUUGGUGCCAAUGACAGUGCACUAAAAGAUGAGAAUCCCAAGCAGCACAUUCCCCUGGAAGAGUAUGUUGCUAACUUAAAAAGCAUGGUGCAGUACCUAAAGUCGGUGGAUGUCCCUGAACACCGCGUCAUUCUCAUCACACCACCCCCACUUUGUGAAACAGCCUGGGAAAAGGAGUGCAUCAUGCAAGGUUGCAAAUUAAAUCGCCUGAACUCGGUCGUUGGUGAAUAUGCCAAUGUGUGUUUACAAGUGGCCCAAGACUGUGGGACUGAUGUCCUUGACCUGUGGACCCUGAUGCAGAAAGACAAUGAGGACUUCUCAUCCUACUUAUCUGAUGGACUCCAUCUAUCACCAAAGGGAAAUGAAUUUUUGUUUUCACACCUCUGGCCUCUGAUAGAGAAGAAGGUCUCUUCUCUGCCGUUGCUGCUUCCUUACUGGAAGGAUGUAGCAGAAGCACAACCUGAACUAAGUCUGCUAGGAGAUGGAGACCAUUAAUCAACCCUAGGAAAUGCGAGUCUGGUUGUUAAUUUAUAGAUUGAAGUUGGUAAUAACACAGAUUCCAAAGUGACUGAGUGCAGAAUAUUUUUUUCUCAAGCUUAAAAUUUUUACUCACUAGGCUGGAUCAAGAACCCCAACAUUUGCCACAAAUGUUAUAAUAAAAGUUCUGAGAGUCUUCAGGGAA